UGUCAGGGAAUUACAAGAGCAUUUAAAGUUGAGGCAUUAAGAACAAAGGGUCAAGAGAGACGAGGAAAAGAUACAGAAACAAAAAGCCAAUCAGAGGGCAUGACAAUGAAUAUUGUCCCAAGCUUAAGUGCUGAAACCUGGGCACUGCUUGUUUGCUUCCUGACUCUCCUGUAUCUAUAUGGGACCUGGACACACAAGAUCUUUAAGGACCUGGGAAUUCCGGGACCAGCACCUCUUCCUUUUCUUGGAAAUGUUCUUUCUUAUGACAAAGGUUUUACACAUUUUGACAUGGCUUGUUUUAAAAAAUAUGGGAAAACCUGGGGGUUUUUUGAAGGCAAACAACCAGUACUGGCCAUCAUGGACCCAGAGACUAUCAAAACAGUGUUGGUAAAAGAGUGUUAUUCUGUCUUCACCAAUCGUCGGCAUGUUAGUCUAAGAGGGAUUUUAGAGUCUUCUCUCGCAUUUGCUAACGAUGACCAUUGGAAGAGGAUUCGAACAGUGUUGUCUCCAACAUUUACAAGUGGAAAACUCAAGGAGAUGUUUCCCAUCAUUAACCAAUAUGGAGAUGUGUUAGUGAAGAACAUGCGGAAGGAAGCAGAGAAAAACAAGCCUGUAACUCUGAAAGACAUUUUGGGGGCCUACAGCAUGGAUGUGAUCACCAGUACUUCAUUUGGUGUCAAUACUGAUUCCUUGAAUAAUAAGAAUGAUCCUUUUAUCAGAGAAAUGAAGAAGUUAAUAACUACAUUUAAUGUUCUUAACCCACUCAGAUUUACAACAGCGCUCUUUCCAUUCCUUGUUCCUUUGUUAAAACAAUUGGACAUAACUGUAUUCUCCAAAGAAUCAACUGAUUUCUUUGCAAAUUCAGUUAAAAAAAUAAAGGAAGAACGAAAGAAAAAUUCACAGAAGCACCGGGUAGAUUUCCUUCAGCUUAUGAUGGAUUCUCAGACUUCUAAGAAUUCAGAGACACACUCUCAUAAAGAUCUGAGUGAUGAGGAAAUCCUGGCACAAUCCAUUAUCUUUAUUCUUGGUGGAUAUGAAACCACCAGCUCAACCAUUUCUUUCCUUUUGUAUAACCUGGCCACCCAUCCUGAGAUCCAACAAAAACUUCAGGAGGAGAUAGAUGCAGUUUUGCCCAGCAAGGAAGCAGUCACGUAUGAUGCCCUGGCACAGAUGGAAUAUCUGGAUAUGGUGAUAAAUGAAACUCUCAGGCUGUUUCCCGUAGCUGCCAGGGUUGAAAGGGUUGCUAAGAAAACUGUUGAGAUCAAUGGACUGACGAUCCCUAAAGGCACAGUGGUGGUCACCCCAUCCUUUGCCCUUCAUCAUUACCCCCAAUACUGGCCAGAGCCAGAGGAGUUCCACCCUGAAAGGUUCAGCAAGGAAAACAAAGAGAAAAUGAACCCCUAUGUGUACCUGCCCUUUGGUGCUGGUCCUCGAAACUGCAUUGGGAAGAGAUUUGGACUUAUGAGUAUGAAAGUUGCAAUUUGCCGACUCCUGCAGGAAUUUUCCUUCAGAACUUGUAAAGAGACACAGGUUCCUCUGAAACUGAGCAAAAAUUCAAUCCUUUCACCAUCUGUACCAAUUGUCCUGAAGGCUAUACCAAGGCCCAAGAAGGCAAACAAACACUAGAAAUUCUCCUUUUCCUUCUACACAUCCCCAACUACAAGCACGCUCCUGAUUUCUCUUCUAUAACACAAAGACAUUCAAUCUUUCAAAAUAACUUAAUUUACCCUAUGAACCAUAGAAAAAGAAAGGAGUUUUUUUUUUGUUUUUCUUUUUUAAUCAGUGAGAAGGAAUACUAAGAUUUUUCAGAUGAUCCGUGUUUGAGGCUAUUGUAUAAUGUUCAGUGGUGUAAAGAGUCACAUACAUUGUUCAUCAGAUCAUAUGCCAAAAAAAAUGGCCCACCAAUAAUUUAUUACCACUUGAUAUCACUGGAAGAAAACAGAGAAAGCCAUGAAUUGAGCAUCUAUUCAUUAUUUUUAUGAACAAUUAAAGUGUUUGACAAUAACAACAGGAGUGAACACAGUAAUAUUGUGGGAAUCAUAUUACUUAUUAUUAAUAUUCUGCAUUUGACUAAAGCAUAGUAUAUUUUUCUUUUUUCAUUUUUUUCCUUUGGGUCUGUAUCUUCUUUCAUAACACGAAUACUAUGGGAAUAUAUUUUUCAUGACUGAACAUGUAUAAGCUAUAUCAGAUUGCUUCCUGUCUUUGGGAGAGGGGAGGUAAGGGAAAGUGAAAGAAAUACAGAACUUAAAAUUAGACAAAAUUAAUGUUAAAAUUGCCUUUACAUGUAAGUGUGAAUAAAUAAAUAUAAUUUCUUCAAUAUUCUUCAUUGGACUACUCUGCUGCUACAAACCAGAAAAGACAUUUCUGCAGACCUCUUGCUUGAUAUCUAGUAUCCCUUAGUGUCCUAUCAUUAUCAUUUAGUUGGAUGGGCAGAGUAUUGCUUUUGAUUAUCUUAAUUAUUUUGAUCAUACAGAAGUUCAGUUUAUCCAUUUUUAGCUAGCAUGGUAAGUGGACAAAUAGUUAAGUUAGUUCUUUUUUUCUUUCCUUUCUUUCCACAAAGAUUUGACUAUAAACACUGACAAAAACCUUGGGCUUAAUUGGAUCAAUUCAGUCUUAGGGAUUUCUUACAAGUCACCCUCUUUACAUUGAGAAUUUCACCCAAGAACAUCAGCAUUUUUUAUGCAAAUGGUAAAAAGGAUCUCUUGUUAUUCUUAUUCUUAUGCAAGUGGUACAAAGGAUCUCCAGUUUCCACCUGAAUAUUAUGCUAACAAUUUACAAAAUACAGAGUAGCCUUUCUUUCAGGUGACAAAACCUAUAAAAGAAAGCAUUUAUACCUAAGCUUCUAAACAAUCAAAACAACACUCCUUGCAGUUCUUGUUGGCUUCUAUUUCACACAGGGAUACCAUGUGGUUGAGGCACAAUCAAAAACAGAAAAACAUUUGGGGCUAUUAUAAAGCCAACCCCUAUGAAAGUUUGUUUCUCUUUAUAUGUUCAAUGGCAUUCUGUUAUUGUAAAUCUCUCUCCAUUCCCCACCCCACAAAUAAAAUUUAAGUCCUUACCUUA